AUGCUUGAAGUCAAGAAAGGAGAAUUCAUUGACGAAAUAGAUCGGCUUGACGCGGUGCGCAGACAGCGAGAAAUAGCGCACUCUCCGCGUCCUGAGACCAAUGACGGUCAGAAUCGAGGUGAAACGCCUCCUCUAGCGGAUCCGGUCAUAAACGAAACCGACGAAAGGACAGAGACUCCUUUCACCGGGCCAUUUGAAACGGAUCAACCUGGGGAUUCAGAACCGGUUCGACCGUGGAAGAGGAAAAUCAAGAAAGCCGCGCGCCAAACAAUCGUGUUAGCCGAAAAAACGAGGGAUGAUCUUGUGAAGGCAGAUGACCGGAUCACAGAAAUCGAAGCCGACUACCGGGACGAUACUACUCUGCACAACGAACAUCUUAAACGAACCGAAGACUUGGAAGGAAAGACCUCCAAGAUGGUGGAUGACAUGGAUCGGUUUCAAGAGAAAACCGAACAACAACUCACAAAGGUCGAUGAGGACCUAGGGCGGUCAAGAGCCGAAGUUGCUUCCACACUAAACAGAGUCAUCAGCCUCGAGGAAAAGAAUGCAAGCCUUGAGGACCGGAAUACCCAACUUGAAGUCGACCUCAAGGCGCUCACCGAACAGGUGAAUGAAUUAAUAAAGGCCAAGAUUAAUGCUGAUACAGCGGUUGAGGAGGCCAACGCUAGAGCGGCUAAGGAUAUUCAGGAUGCGCUGGACGAAGAAACGCGGAAAGCAAAGGAGGCACCGCGAUUGUCCGAAGAGGAAAUAGCCGUGCGCGAACAAAACAUAGCGGCUAAAAAUUCGGCACUUGCGAAGUCCAUGGCAGCUCAAGCAGCCAAAGAUGUAGAGCGGUUAAACGCACAAAAACAAGGGCUCGAAGGAUAUGCCAAGGCUCACAAGAAGACCAAAGCGGCUUCUUCCUCUUCGGUUCCGACAAAACGGAAAAGGAAAACACCUUCAAGAAAGGUUCAGGUAACCAGGAUGCUGGAGAGGAUCACCGAGACAAAUAUCGAAACUCCACCGAACCCGGCUUCCCAAACCGAGGAUGAAAUCGAAGAGAAUCUCGAGUCGCGAUCUACAAGACAGCGAGUACUCAAUACGGCUCCAAUCAGUACGGUCGAUCAACCGCAAGCUGGAGGUUCAUCUUCAAGACCGGAUCAACCGGAUGAGGAACAACCAACCGAUGCUAUGAUGAAAGACUUCAUGUUUUUCGAAUCAGAAUAG